GAGUAACGAUGCUGUCCUAGCAAGAGAUGCUGUCGGAGACAGGAGACAGGCGCCUAGGAGGCAUCGCCGCCGCCGCGGGGCUGGAGAGCCUCUCCCAGCACCAGCGCCCCGCUCGGCCCCGGGCUUCCUCGUCGCAGCCACGGCCGCGGCGGUUGCUCCCAUGUUUUGAUGGUGGGCGGCGGCAGCUCGGCUUCGGCGCCAGCCUCUAACUGCUCGAUCGCUGGCCGCACCGCUCUCCGCUCCUGCCUUCCUGCCCUGGGCCGCCCGGGGCCGCGGAAGCCGCGGGAGGUGGGGAGGGGCGCCCCGGGAAGACCGCACCGCCGCGAAGGUGGAGGAGGCCGGCAGCCGGUACCCCCACACCCGGACCGCAGCCGGCGCGAUGUCCACCAAGGUCAGGAAGUGCAAGGAGCAAGCAAGGGUGACCUUCCCCACGCCGGAGGAGGAGGAAGACGAGGGCGAGGACGAGGGCGCGGAGCCGCAGCGCCGCCGCCGGGGCUGGAGGGGCGUCAACGGGGGUCUGGAGCCGCGCUCGGCGCCCUCGCAGCGGGAGUCGCACGGCUACUGCCCGCCGCCCUUAUCCCACGGGCCGGACCUGUCCAUGGAGGGAAGCCCAUCCCUGAGACGCAUGACGGUGAUGCGGGAGAAGGGUCGCCGCCAGGCUGUCAGGGGCCCGGCCUUCAUGUUCAAUGACCGGGGCACCAGCCUCACCGCCGAGGAGGAGCGCUUCCUCGACGCCGCCGAGUACGGCAACAUCCCAGUGGUGCGCAAAAUGCUGGAGGAGUCCAAGACGCUGAACGUCAACUGCGUGGACUACAUGGGCCAGAACGCGCUGCAGCUGGCUGUGGGCAACGAGCACCUGGAGGUGACCGAGCUGCUGCUCAAGAAGGAGAACCUGGCGCGCAUUGGCGACGCCCUGCUGCUCGCCAUCAGCAAGGGCUACGUGCGCAUCGUAGAGGCCAUCCUCAACCACCCUGGCUUCGCCGCCAGCAAGCGCCUCACCCUCAGCCCCUGCGAGCAGGAGCUGCAGGACGACGACUUCUACGCUUACGACGAGGACGGCACGCGCUUCUCGCCGGACAUCACCCCCAUCAUCCUGGCGGCGCACUGCCAGAAAUACGAAGUGGUACACAUGCUGCUGAUGAAGGGCGCCAGGAUCGAGCGGCCGCACGACUAUUUCUGCAAGUGCGGGGACUGCACGGAGAAGCAGAGGCACGACUCCUUCAGCCACUCGCGCUCGAGGAUCAACGCCUAUAAGGGACUGGCCAGCCCAGCGUACCUCUCAUUGUCCAGCGAAGACCCGGUGCUCACGGCCCUAGAGCUCAGCAACGAGCUGGCCAAGCUGGCCAACAUAGAGAAGGAGUUCAAGAAUGACUAUCGGAAGCUCUCCAUGCAGUGCAAAGACUUUGUGGUGGGUGUGCUGGAUCUCUGCCGAGACUCAGAAGAGGUAGAAGCCAUUCUGAAUGGAGAUCUGGAGUCAGCAGAACCUCUGGAGAUACACAGGCACAAAGCUUCAUUAAGUCGUGUCAAACUUGCCAUUAAGUAUGAAGUCAAAAAGUUUGUGGCUCAUCCCAACUGCCAGCAGCAGCUCUUGACAAUCUGGUAUGAGAACCUCUCAGGCCUAAGGGAGCAGACUAUAGCGAUCAAGUGUCUCGUUGUGCUGGUCGUGGCCCUGGGCCUUCCAUUCUUGGCUAUUGGCUACUGGAUUGCACCUUGCAGCAGGCUGGGGAAAAUUCUGCGAAGCCCUUUUAUGAAGUUUGUAGCACACGCAGCUUCUUUCAUCAUCUUCCUGGGCCUGCUUGUGUUCAAUGCCUCAGACAGGUUCGAAGGCAUCACCACGCUGCCCAAUAUCACAGUUAUUGACUAUCCCAAACAGAUCUUCAGGGUGAAAACCACCCAGUUUACAUGGACUGAAAUGCUAAUUAUGGUCUGGGUUCUUGGAAUGAUGUGGUCUGAGUGUAAAGAGCUCUGGCUGGAAGGACCUAGGGAAUACAUUUUGCAGUUGUGGAAUGUGCUGGACUUUGGGAUGCUCUCCAUCUUCAUUGCUGCUUUCACAGCCAGAUUCCUAGCUUUCCUUCAGGCAACAAAGGCACAACAGUAUGUGGACAGUUAUGUCCAAGAGAGCGACCUCAGUGAAGUGACACUCCCACCAGAGAUACAGUAUUUCACUUAUGCUAGAGAUAAAUGGCUCCCUUCUGACCCUCAGAUUAUAUCUGAAGGCCUUUAUGCCAUAGCUGUUGUGCUCAGCUUCUCUCGGAUUGCGUACAUCCUCCCUGCAAAUGAGAGCUUUGGCCCCCUGCAGAUCUCUCUUGGAAGGACUGUAAAGGACAUAUUCAAGUUCAUGGUCCUCUUUAUUAUGGUGUUCUUUGCCUUUAUGAUUGGCAUGUUCAUACUUUAUUCUUACUACCUUGGGGCUAAAGUAAAUGCUGCUUUUACCACUGUAGAAGAAAGUUUCAAGACUUUAUUUUGGUCAAUAUUUGGGUUGUCUGAAGUGACUUCUGUUGUGCUCAAAUACGAUCACAAAUUCAUAGAAAAUAUUGGAUAUGUUCUUUAUGGAAUAUACAACGUAACUAUGGUGGUCGUUUUACUCAACAUGCUAAUUGCUAUGAUUAAUAGCUCAUAUCAAGAAAUUGAGGAUGACAGCGAUGUAGAAUGGAAGUUUGCUCGUUCAAAACUUUGGUUAUCCUAUUUUGAUGAUGGAAAAACAUUACCUCCACCCUUCAGUCUAGUUCCUAGUCCAAAAUCGUUUGUUUAUUUCAUCAUGCGAAUCAUUAACUUCCCCAAAUGCAGAAGGAGAAGGCUUCAGAAGGAUAUAGAAAUGGGAAUGGGUAACUCAAAGUCCAGGCAGAUAAUGAAAAGACUUAUAAAGCGGUAUGUUUUGAAAGCACAAGUAGACAAAGAAAAUGAUGAAGUUAAUGAAGGUGAAUUAAAAGAAAUCAAGCAAGAUAUCUCCAGCCUUCGUUAUGAACUUUUGGAAGACAAGAGCCAAGCAACUGAGGAAUUAGCCAUUCUAAUUCAUAAACUUAGUGAGAAACUGAAUCCCAGCAUGCUGAGAUGUGAAUGAUAUGGCAACCUGGAUUUGGCUUUGACUAUAGCACAAAUGUGGGCAAUAAUAUUUCUAAGUAUGAAAUACUUGAAAAACUAUGAUGUACAUUUUUAGUAUUAACUACCUUUAUCAUGUGAAUCUUUAAAAGUUAGCUCGUAAUGGUUUUAUUGUUUUAUCACAUGAAAAUGCAUUUUAUUUGUCUGCCUUGACAUUACAAUGACAUACCAUUGUGUUGAAAAGCCCAAUAUUACUAUAUUAUUGAAAUUUUUAUUCAUUUUAGAGUAAACUCCACAUCUUUGCACUACCUGUUUGUCUCCAAGAGACUAUCAGUUUCUUGGGGACAGGAAUCAUGUCUUAUUCAUCUUUGUGUCUCCAGCAUCUAGUACAGUGCCUGGUACAUAGUAGGUGCUCAAUAAAUGUUGAAACCAACUGAACUGAACUGCCAACAAAAUAAAAAUAAAAAGUCCUCACUAUGUAGCAUACCUUCCCUUGUCCAAGUUCUGAGUUCUGAAGAGAUCUUUUUUUUUUUUUAAUAGAAACUGAAGAAAUUUUACAACCAGCUAUGACUUGGUAAGACAUUCUUACAAUUUUAGGUGUCACUGAUCAUCCUAGAACCAUUGAGCCCCGAGGGAAGAAUUUAACAACAAAAUAGGUUAAUGGAAAAUAUACUUACAUUAAAUAUUUAAGUUUCAUAUAAUUAUUUAAAACAACACAUUAAAGAUUUUUCUAAAAUAUAGACUGCUUGCUCUCUGUCUUAGACUUAUAUUUAUCAUUUUUCAGUAAUGUGAUUUUCUUUUAAGUUGGAGUUUAUGCAGGGUUGUCAUUUCAUUGUAACGGUCUAUUUUCUGCCUCUGCUGCUUUAAUGCUAAAUGAGAUAUCAACAGCUGACUUCGUAUCUCAUCCGUGAGCUCCCUUCUGAGUUUUGGAGGGUCUGCUCAUAGGAAGAAAUAGGAAAGAGCAAUGACUAUGGGCGUACCUGGAAAGACAUGGCCAAGCAUCCCCAGGUGUGUUUCAGUUCCUUUUGAGGCAUUUCCUGCCAUCAUUGCUUACAAUGAUUGACAUCCUUUUUUCUUAUCAAAGGAUUCCAAUUCCACUUUCUAUAUAAAAUAGAUUGUGAUGUAUCUACGUAUGCCUUAUUACAUAAUUGAGCUGAAUGCUGGUAAUAUCCGCAAUGCCUCUUGGGAAAAGGCAUACAGACCAGUAAGUUCCCCGGUCACUUCAGAGACCAUAAAACAUUCAAAGCAUUUUUUAACCAGCUACGUUUAAAUCUCUCAUAGAGUUAUGUUUAGCAUCCUGAGUCUCUUCAGUCAGUUGCUGUCAAGUCUUAUAGGAAUACGAAUUGUGAUCAUAGCUCAAAGAGUUUCAGAGGUCCUUAAAACCAACUAAAUACAUGCUACUUUAAAAUCAUUGCUGUCACACAGAAAAGCUUUCUAGACAUGAAGACAGAAAUAAGUGUUAAAUGGAACUACAUAAAGCUCUUUAAAGUUACUUCUUAAUUUCUACUUUUUGGGAGUUAAAACAAAUUAAGAAAGGAACUUUAUACAUUUUUUGCGACCAUUGUAGAACAUUUCAUUAACUUUUGUGCGAUGCUAGGAGUAUUUGUCUUAAACAUUUUUAAGACUUUAUGUUGUGUCUCAGAACUGAAUAAAACAUUGAAUUUUUCCAUUGUUAUAUGUUACCAUAUGUUAUAUUAAGAUAGUAAAGAUACAAAGUUUCUAUAAUAGAUAUUUCUGAUAGUUUUAUAGUAUGGUCCAGAUUCCAAGUGUGAAAAGUUUUCGCUUAUUGCUAUGGAACUGAAUAUUUUGUAAUUUUCUUCCUUGGGGUUGGAAAAAAUGCUGAAUGAAAAAGUGGCAGAUUCAGCUGGGGACAUUCAGCCUACGAUCCUUGGAAUCUGAAGAUCAGAGAAGUAUGAAGAUAAGCCUCAUGGUAUCCACACGAUGUGAAUUAAAAAAAAAAAAACUUUUUUUUUUUUUUUGCGUCCAUGCCCCUCACAACUGUAGAACUCUUAACAGGCAUUUUUUCUUUAUUUACUAUGUAUAAACUGGUAUAGUUUUAAUAUUUCAUUUUUUUUCCUUAUCAUUUCAAGGUGUUGUUUCAGAAGAAGGUGUGAUGACAAAGUGUAGUGUGUGUGGUUGAUGUUUUGAUGCCCUGCCCAGAUGCCCUCUACUGGGCCAGUGCACCUGUCUCCCAUAUUCUCCUGUCCAGUUCCUAGCUAAUCACUUCUCCUGGAGAAUUGCCCUCAGCUAAAAAUAAGCAGUCUUACCCUGGAUGUGAUGCCUCCACCUCCCCAUGGCCAGUGACUGAUGGGUGGGGGCACAAAGGGCCAGCCCCUUGUCUCAAGGUGGGGCCAACUAUUUGGUGCAGUUCAUGCUCCAGAGCUCCUGAAAGGAUUAGGCUGAUGCCAGACUCAAGCUGAGAUGAAAUCUUGGUUUAGCUUCUUCCUCUGCCUUUUCGAGUUUCCUUCCCUCCCUUUCUCCAGAGAGCAUCCCCUUAAUGAGUCAUCACAUCCAAAUCUUGUUAGGUUUUGCUUUUAAGGAACUCACACUAAGACAGAAGGUAUUAAUGUGGUAGCCUACGGUUGAAAUGAGGAUUAGUCAAGGGGAUUGCUGUCAGAAUUAGUCCUUCACUUGAGGAUAAAGAUAGCUCUGGGUCAGCAAGUCCUUUCCCUACUCACUUUUAACAGGUACCUUUGGGAAAACAAAGCUCAAAGUUGUUGGGGCAAUUCAGAGAAGGGAGCGUUUAAACAGGACCAAAAACAACUUUCUAGAAAAAAAAAAAACAUUAAUUAAAGGAUUGUCAAAACCCCAGGACUCUUCUUUCCUUGGGACAUCUCUCAUUUUUUGACCUCUUUGCUAUUCUUAUUUUUUUCUCAGUUACAGAUAAAGAAAAGAAACCAACAGUCAAACUGCUUCUUGGACUUACUGUUUGAAAAGUUUGGUACUUUUUAAGUUCCUGCUAUAUUGAAUUUACAGAGCACCCGUGACUUUAUGGAAGUCACAAUCUGUUCAAAAGUUUGGGUUCUUAGACUUGAAAUAAUGAGAAAACUUUGAAAAAUGGUACACAGUAUCUUCAAAGAGUUUAUGCACAAUAAAAACUUUAAAAUGAUACGUUGUAUUUAUUAAAAGCAAAUUUGAUACAAUUUAGGAUAACUAUCUUACCCAAUAUGUCAAUAUAUUUAUAUUUCAAAUGUGCAAGCCAAGUGAAAGCAGCUUUUGUAAAUGGGAAGAUAAAUUGUCUUAUGGACAAUAUCUAAAGAGAACUGAAGCCACACUAAUGACUGUGGUGUGGGACAACCCGUUUAACUUCUCUGGUCUUCAUAAAUAGUUCAGGCAAACAGGGUUAUGCUACAUCAGGGGUUUCUAGUCCCUGGAGCUCUUAGAGGUGUUUCAGCAGGUUAAUAUCAUCCAAGGUGGUAAUCUUUCUUUCUGUGUCUUUUUUAAUUUUUUAAAGUUUUUAAAAUAUAUUUUUAGAGAUGGGUCUCCCUUUGUUGUCCAGGCUAGUCUUGAACGUUUGGCCUCAAGCGAUCCUCCUGGCUCAGCCUCCCAAAAUCAGGCUGGGCACUGUGGUGCACACCUGUAAUCCCAGCACUUUGGGAGGUUGAAGCAGGUCGAUGGCUUCAGUUCAGGAGUUUGAGACCAGAAGGGCAACAUGGUGAAACUGUCUCUACAAAAAAAAAAAAUUAGCCGGGCAUGGUGGCGUGUGUCUGUGGUUCCAGCUACUCAGGAGGCUGGGGUAAGAAGAUAACUUGAGCCCAGGAAGUUGAGGCUGCAGUGAGCUGUGUCCACACUACUGCACUCCAGCCUGGGUGACAAAGUGAACCCCCCCCCCCCCCAAAAAAAAAACAAAACCUAAAACGGGUAUCUGUAACUUUGUUCAGUUUAAAAAACAGUUUGAAAAUUUCUAAAUUUAUACCAUGUGUUAGGGGAAACUAAUGUUUUUACUCAUGACUCAGUCACUCUGCUGACCACCACUAGCGUGUUAAUGGUUUUAACUUUAAUGCAGUUUAAAUUGCUUUUAUUUUUAGCCAUAAGUUGUUUAACUUAUACUCAUAAUUAUUGCUUUAGCACCAUAACAUCAGGUUAUAAAUUACUGAGGUGCAUGGUAAUUCUGCAAAUUUGUCUCCAAAGUGGUCUUUGUCACAUCUGAGAGGCAAUCAUCUUCUGUUGAGUUUUAUAAAGACCACCAAGAUGUCUCUGAUACCUUAAAACAUCUUUAAAAAGAGGACACACAGUGGUGAUUUAACUUGACAUUUUCUUUAUUGUGAAUAAAAAUUCGUCACCCUGCUAAUUAAUUAGUUGAGGAAUACUUAAAAUUAGUAGUUUGAAAUCUUUACUAAUCAUUUAGAAACAAAACAUAGUAUGUACUUUAAAAAUAAUAAAUUGCAUUUUUAAAUGCAAAAUCAAAGAACUCCAAAUAUCAUAUUAUGCAAACUUUUUGUACUGUUUUGAUGCUAUAUCAUAGCCUCAUUUCACUGUUUUAAAAUAAAUUUGAGCUUCAAAACAAACUCUUGCUUUCCUUCUACACAAUUAAUUAAACAGUGGACAUCACUUGUUAAAUGGAAAAUAAGCACUGCCAGCAUUGUCUGUUUUUGUUUUUGUUUUGCCUAUUGUUUAGAAUCAUAGUAUUUCUUAAUUAUUUGUAUGAACUAUUUUUUAAGAUAUUAACUCUUUUCUCCUAUAUUUUUGUUUUCAUUUAAACAUUGUUUUGACAUAUUGAAAUGUUUAUCUUUACUUUUUUUUUAAGUUAGUUUUUUGUUUGUUUGUUUUUUAGAGAUGGGGCCUUGCUAUUUUGCCCAGGCUGAAUUGCUGGGCUCAAGUAAUCUUCUUGAGCCUCAGCCUUCAAAUAGCUGAGACUACAGGCAUGUACCACCAUAUCGGCUUUUUUCCUUUGUGGUUUCUUCUAUUCCUUUUGAGAUCAGUUUCCUUCUGUUAUGGGCUGAAUUGUGUCCCCUCAAAACACGUGUUAAAGUCCUUGCCUUCAGUAUCUAUAGUUGGAGAUAGGGUCUUUAAAGAGGCGAUUAAUUUAAAAUGAGAUAAUCUCAGCGGGCCCUAAUUCAAUAUGAGUGGUGUCCUUAUAAAAAGACAAGAUAAGACACAGACAGACAUAGAGGAAGGACCAUGUGAAGACACAGGGAGAAGACAGCGAUCUACAAGCCAAGAAGAGAGGCCUCUGAAGAUUGGUUUGGUUCCCUGCUGACACCUUGAUCUAUGUCUUCCAGACUCCAGGACUGUGAGAAAAUAAAUUUCUGUUGUUGAAAAGC